CAUGAAGAUUCAUCUUUUGUUGGUCAUCAUUGGAACCUAUGCCGCUAUAGUUUUAGCCCAGACGCAAGAAGGAUUCAUCAGUUUGGAUUGUGGAUUACCUAUUGAAGAAUCUCCUUACGAUAAUGAAUUCAAUGGAUUGACAUUCACAUCUGAUUCCACAUUCAUCCAAACAGGGAAAAGUGGUAGAGUCCAUAAAGAUCUCAACGACGUAUUAUCAAAACAAUAUUUGACUCUGAGAUACUUUCCUGAAGGAAAGCGCAAUUGUUAUAGUCUAGAUGUCAAGCCUGACACAAAAUAUCUCAUCGCAGUUAGCUCCGUAUAUGGGAAUUAUGAUGGUCUUAAUCUUGAUCCAAACUUUGAUAUCUAUAUUGGUCCUAAUAAGUGGAUAAGUAUAAAUUUGAAAGGAAGACCAAAUGGUACUCUAGAUGAGAUCAUACACAAAUCCAUGUCAAACUCUUUGGAUAUAUGUCUUGUUAAGACAGGAACAACGUCGCCAAUAAUUUCAGCCAUCGAAAUACGGCCACUCAGGGACAAUACUUAUGUUAGCCAAUCUGGUUCACUGAGGCUGUCUUUCCGGGUGUAUCUUAACAAUUCCGAUGGAUUUAUAAGGUACCCUGAUGAUGUUCGUGAUCGUAUUUGGAAUCCAUUUUUUGGUUCUUCAUAUUCACAAAUAACAACCAAUCUCAACAUAAACAAUUCAAAUGCAUAUGAGGUACCAAAAACUGCACUCCAGAGUGCUGCCACGCCUAGAAACGCCAGUGGACCGCUGGUCAUCACUUGGAAUCCCAAACCCUCUAAUGCUCAAGUGUACUUGUACAUGCACUUCGCCGAGAUUCAAACCCUUGAGGCCAACGAGAUCAGAGAAUUUGACUUUAUCUUGAAAGGGAACUUUAAUCAUUCAGGUUUUAGCCCUACCAAGUUAAAGGUAUUUACAUUAUUCACAGAAGUACCUAUGCAAUGUGAUUCUGGAGAUUGCCGUUUAGAGCUUGUAAGAACUCCAAAGUCAAUUCUUCCACCUCUGAUUAAUGCUCUCGAAGCUUACACGGUUAUCGAAUUCCCAAAAUUGGAAACAAGCCCAAGUGAUGUUGACGCUAUCAAGAACAUCAAAGUUACUUAUCGACUGAGUAAAAUCAGUUGGCAAGGAGAUCCGUGUCUCCCUAAAGAUUGGUCGUGGGAAAAUCUUAGAUGCAGUUACGUAGAUCUCUCCACUCCACCACAAAUUGUUUCCUUAAACCUGUCAGAAAGUGGAUUAACUGGUAGCAUAGCUCUAGCUUUACAGAAUCUCACACAAUUACAAGAACUGGACUUAUCGAACAACAAUUUGACUGGACCAGUGCCUAGUUUUCUUGCCAGCAUGAAAUCGCUGACCUUGAUAAACUUCAGUGGGAACAAUCUCAACGGUUCAGUUCCUCAGGCUCUUCUUGAUAGUGUAACGGAAGGACUUGUAUUAAAACUUGAUGGAAAUCCAGAUUUGUGCAAAACUAGUUUAUGCAAUCAAGAAAAGCAGAAAAAGAAAUUCUUGAUACCGGCUUUUGCAUCAGCUGCCUCUCUGCUUGCUAUACCGGUUGUGGUGGCUCUUAUUUUUGUUUUCCGAAAGAAAAAACUGCCUUCAGAUUCAGCUGCUCCACCAAGUAUAUCCGUACCGGAUGUUGGGCAUACUAGCCAGCCGGAAUCGUCAUUCGCUUCGAAGAAGAUUAGGUUUACUUAUACUGAGGUUCAACAAGUGACAAAUAACUUUGACAGAGCUCUCGGUGAAGGAGGGUUUGGAGUUGUUUAUCACGGUUGUGUUAAUGUUACCCAACAAGUAGCUGUCAAAUUGCUGUCCCAAUCAUCAUCUCAAGGCUAUAAGCAUUUUAAGGCUGAGGUGGAACUGCUUAUGAGAGUGCACCAUAUAAAUCUGGUGAGUCUAGUUGGGUAUUGUGAUGAAGGAGACCACGAGUACAUGCCAAAUGGAGACCUAAAGCAACAUUUGUCAGGGAAGCGUGGUGGAUGUUUGAGCUGGGAAAACAGACUAAGAAUAGUUUUGGAUACAGCUCUAGGACUGGAAUACUUGCACACAGGAUGCAUACCACCAAUCGUUCAUAGAGAUAUAAAAAGUACUAACAUACUUUUGGACCAAAAUUUCCAAGCUAAACUAGCUGAUUUUGGUCUUUCAAGAUCUUUUCCCACCGGAAAUGAAACACAUGUGUCAACUGUUGUUGCUGGCACUCCUGGAUAUCUUGAUCCAGAGUAUUACCAAACAAAUUGGUUGACAGAAAAGAGUGAUAUAUACAGUUUCGGAAUAGUAUUACUGGAGAUCAUUACAAACCGUCCUAUAAUUCAGCAGUCCCGCGAAAAGCCUCACUUAGUAGAAUGGGUCAGCUUUAUGAUAACAAAAGGAGAUAUUGGAAGUAUUAUGGAUCCAAAUCUCCAUCAAAACUAUGACAUUGGUUCUGUCUGGAAGGCCAUUGAAAUAGCAAUGUCUUGUCUGAGUCCUUCUUCCAUAGGAAGACCAAACAUGUCUCAAGUUGCUAAAGGUCUAAAAGAGUGUCUAAUAUCCGAAAAUUCAAGGAUAAGCGAAAGCCGAGAUGUUGAAUUAAGAACUUCUAUGGACUACAGCAAGGACAUGUACACCGAGGUGAUCCCUGAAGCUCGUUAG